CCGUCCCCCUUCGUCCCGUCCCCCAGUCCCCGUUCCCGUCCCCUUGCCAGCACUACUGUCACCGAUGAAUGUGAAUCCAUCACUGGUCACCUCUACUUCCUUGGGAACGGCGCUGCCGUCCCCUCUCACAUUAAUUCUGGCCCAGUGUAGAUGAUUUUUUAGCGAUGUCUCCUCCUCCGUGUCAAUGUAUCCUCCACAGAGAUUUCCAAUAUCUUGGAAAAACUUUUUGGACCAUAGAUUCAUGGGUAAUGCUAGUAAUCUGAUGCAGACCCAGUCUCUCGUGAUUUCCUCUGGCCAACAUCUAGUGGUUGGCUUCCACCAAUCCAGAUCUAACUUCAUCUUCUUCCAGGGCCCGUCAGAACAUGCUCUGCCGCUUUUCUCGUCGGAAGUUCAAACAAAAAGUGCCCAUCAUUGAUCGAAAUACAUUGACUUCUAUUGCUGAUUUCUAGGAGUUUACAAGCCCAUCUCCUCACAUCAUUCAAACUGAGAGUUUCUUGUCCUUGCUUUUGGAAUUUUCAGACGAUGCAUCUGCCCAGGAUGUCGUUCUCUUUUUGUGAUGUUUCCCCGAUGAUGUCGAUGCUUUUGGUUGUGUUCUGCGUAUUGGCCGUCUCCGCUGCCUUCAUCAUCCAUCUGCUACAUUUAAUAGCUUGUUUGUUUUAAUCAUGAAAAUGCUGAGCCAUCCCAAUAUAGUUAAUCUUAUUGAGUCCUUGAAUAUGUGGAAGGAAAAUGGGUUUGUGAGGGUGCUGGUCCAGCAGGUGGUCUUGGAGAAAAUAAGGCACGGGCAUACUUGCAUGACACAGUGUCCGGCUUGAUGUAUCUAAAUUCUCAUAGUAUAAUCCAUGGGGAUAUUAAGCCAGACAAUCUUAUAGUUACUGCCUCUGGCAGAGUGAAGAUUGGUGAUUUCAGCGUCAGCCAAGCUUUUGAGGAUGAUGAUGAUUCACUUAGGCGGUCUCCAGGCACUCCUGUUUUUACUGCUCCUGAGUGCUGCUUAGGACUAACAUAUCAUGGAAAAGCUGCUGAUACAUGGGGAGUGGGUGUCACCCUUGACUAUAUGGUGUUGGGAAAAUACCCAUUUCUAGGAGACACACUCCAGGAUACAUAUGACAAGAUAGUAAAUAACCCCAACUCUCUCCCUGACGUUAUGGAUCCUCUGCUGAAGAAUUUGCUCGAGGGCCUUCUCUGUAAAGAUCCGGUACAAAGGAUGAAUCUCCAGAGUGUUUGUGAACAUGAAUGGGUUGUUGGUGAUGAAGGUCCCAUCCCUCGGCAUUUAUGUUGGUGCCAGCGGCAAAAAAUGCUCAAGGAAGUAUCAGAUAGGAAUGCAGAGGAUACUUUCACUUGAUAACUCUUGAACAGAAAGAUGUUCUGUGAGUGAUGGAAUGGUAGCUAGUAUAGAGUUAUACAAGCAAAAUAACAUAGGAUAGUAGAGAAUGAAAGAAUGAAUGGUUGAGUAAAUUCUGAGCUCGAAUAAUCUUUUCAAUCAAAUCCCAUAUCAUGGAAUCAGAUAUUUUCCCAUUAACUAAAUUUUGGAAUAUAAAUCAGUCUUAGCAAGCACUCUAUUUAUUUGAAAACUAAAUAGAUUACUAGAAAAAUUUAUUUGGAGCAUAAGACUUUAUGUGAGAUUCUUUCAACAAUGUAAUUAUUUUGAAUAUUAAGGAGUCAGUUUCGAAUCUUUA